ACCUGAAUUGCGAGCCUUGCCCUAAUCGGGACUCUAAGAAGCCAAGGAGGGGGUCACAUUAUUCUCUUCCCCUCGAUCGCUUUCUUCCAACGCAAGAAACAAACCCUAAUGGAUGCAGCCGAGCUAAAACGGGUUUUCCAGAUGUUCGACAAGAACGGGGACGGUCGGAUCACCAAGAAAGAGCUGAGCGAAUCGAUCCAAAACCUCGGAAUCUACAUACCCGACAAGGAGCUGACGCAAAUCAUAGAGAAGAUCGAUGUGAACGGAGAUGGGUGCGUGGACAUGGACGAGUUCGGGGAGCUUUACAAGUCGAUAACGGGGGAGGAAGACGAAGACGAGGAAGAGGAGGACAUGAAGGAAGCAUUCAACGUGUUUGACCAGAACGGAGAUGGGUUCAUCACGGUCGAGGAACUGAAGUCUGUCUUGUCUUCCUUGGGGCUCAAGCAAGGCAAGACCUUGGAAGAUUGCCGGAAGAUGAUAAUGCGAGUGGACGUUGAUGGCGAUGGUAGGGUUAAUUACACAGAGUUUAGACAAAUGAUGAAAGGUGGCGGUUUUAGCGCUUUGUCCUAAUCUUACUUUCCCAAAUCUCGUUCAUCUCUUAAUCUUUAUCAUUUAGA